AUGCUUCCUCCAUCAGAUUCAUUCCGCCAUCAGCUCCAAAAGCUCGCAGAGGUUCGAGCCAAUCGCAACAACCCGCCGACUGCACCUCCUCCAUAUACACUCUCUGUCUGCCGACCCGAUGGUAGAAAUAUCAUGGCUAUCAACCCAGGCCAGGAAGAGGAGUCUGGCCCUAUCGUAAUCCGAAUUGACAAGUCCAUUUCCGUGACUGGCCAGGACAAUACAGUUAUUAUCCCAUCUGGAGCUAUCAAUUCUCCAGCUCAGACCGAGGCAACCACAUCGCCGGCCAAUAGGCCUCUUCCUCCGCGACACUCAAACAUUUCAUCGACUGUGACCACAAUAAUUGACGCUUUGAACCGUGUUAACGCGCUCUGCGAUGUGUCUGGUAAUCUGAGAACCUUUGAAGUCAACCUCAAUGCUGGCAUAAAAGUUGAUGGUCGAAACAAUACCAUCUGCAUGGGGAACGUGGCUAAGGUUCCUCAGCCUAAAAGGCAGGCACCUGCGGAAAGAGAGAAUCCUGGUCGCAAGCGCCGUGCAACUUCGGAGCCUGUGGGAUGUCCUUACUCUACUCGCCUUCGCUCCUCAUCCUAA